AAUUUAUCGGUUUCGUUCACUCGAUUACGAAUCUUAUCGGUUCAUGCAUUGGGAAGAUAAACAAAAAUGUGUGAUAAAAACAAACCGUCUGUUCAGGAUAUCGUAGAGCUGUGUUUUCGAAAAUUCGAAUCCUUGCCAAAAACAGGAAAGCCCACUGCCAAUCAAUGGACCGUUUUGGCGGGCGUAGUGGAGUUCAACCGGCGAACGGGGGCCAGUCAACUGGUGGCCCUUGGAUGCGGGACAAAGUGCAUAGGACAAUCCAAACUUUGUUCCCGAGGUCUUGUCCUCAACGAUUCCCAUGCCGAGGUGUUGGCCCGCCGCGCCUUCCUUCGGUUCUUGUACCAGGAGCUGAAGCAGGAGAGGAUCUUCCAUUGGAACAGUAAGCUAAGUAGCUACGACAUGGAUGAGCACGUGGAGUUCCACUUUCUGAGCACCCAGACGCCCUGCGGAGAUGCCUGCAUUAAGGAUGAAGGAGAAUCAGAAAAACAGGCCAAGCGUCAGCGGCUGGAUGAGGAAUCCGACAUGGUCUUUACCGGCGCCAAGUUAAUAGGUGACUUAAGUGACGAUCCUAUGCAGCAAACUCCCGGAGUUCUGCGAACCAAACCAGGCCGCGGAGAACGCACCUUAUCCAUGUCCUGUAGCGAUAAGAUAGCUCGAUGGAAUGUGUUGGGUGUGCAGGGAGCACUUUUGGAUUCCCUGAUCUCCAAACCCAUUUACUUUAGCAGUCUGAACUUUUGUUGUGCCGAUGCCCAACUGGAAUCGCUAGAAAGAGCCAUCUUUAAGCGUUGGGAAGGCAAGCCCUUCGAGAAUCUGCGGUUCCAGCCCCAGAAACCACAGAUACGCAUAGAUUCCAGCAUAUCCUUUGAGUUUUCGCAACGCUCCGACUGGCAGCCCUCGCCCACUGGCUUGGUUUGGUCCCAACUGCCGGAGGACUUAAGACCAUAUGAAAUUUCUGUGAACGGAAAGCGUCAAGGGGUGACCAAGAAAAAGAUGAACACUCCACAAGCUGCGUUGGCAGUUAGCAAGUACAUGCUGCUACUCACUUUUAUGGAGUUAGUCAGAUUUAACCCGAAGCUAAGCGAAAAAUGUGGUCAAAACCUAUCCGAUCUUGAGCUUAUGACAUAUGCUUCUUGUAAAGAAUUGGCAAUGGAUUACCAGUUGGCAUGGCGACAAAUAAAAGAUAAAUACUUUCUUCAAUGGACCAAAAAGCCGCAUGAAUUGCUAAACUUUUCUUCAGCACCCAAUGAAUGAAAACGACUAUUAAGUGUGGCACAUCAAAACUAGCCAAUUAAUGUUCAUAUGUUAAUGAAUUCGUGGCUUAAGAUUCCAUUGGUUUGGAAGGCAAUGGUAAAAGGAAAUCCGCCGAUAUUUCACAUGCCAGUUAAUUCAUUCACGAAAGAAAACCGAUCGGGACUUAGUGGAAACAAAGGAAUCAUUGCAUCAAUGUACAAUUUCUG